AUGCAAACAAAAUUAUUUGAAACUGUCUGUAAACGUGCUGCAUUAAUGCGUGCUCCCUAUGCACAAUCGUCAUGGACAAACAACACCAGUACAAUUAAAAAAAAUCAUCAUCACGAAAAUAUUAUUAAUGAUAUUUAUAUGCAAUUGAUUCAACUACUUGAUAUCAAUGAAAAUGGAAGACUUGUUUUGCCUUUUUCUCGUCGAUUGAUUCUUAUUGAUCGUCCACGUGUAAAUUUACAUCAAAAUGCUGGUCACAUACAUAACAACAAAUGUACACAAUAUGAAAGUCAACAAUAUGAACUUUCAACAUCAAGUUCAGAGUCUUAUUUAACCAGUGCUGAUGAAAACAAUAGUGAACAUAACUCAUCAUUUCCAUCAAUAUCAUUACCACCGUCACCAUUUAUAUGUGAUCCUUACGAAUCAUACGACUGGGAAUGUUAA